AUGACUAGUCCCGAGCGUAAAUAUGCCGUCGGCACCGAAGCUCUUUGGGCCCCAUUCAGAGCACCCGUUUUCAUGCCAGAGGAUCCGGAUUCGUUUCUCGCAAUUAUGGAAUCGCGAUUCCACGAAGCCCGCAUCACCGGAGCCUGUCCGCACAGCUGGACGGUUGCCCGUCCUUUUAGAUUCCCUCCGGAACUCCUCCGUUAA